GCUGCAAAUAUCACCUCUGUUUUCUUGUAUAAAAAUCCCCAAAAAUCAAACUCUGGUUUCAUCAAACACAUUUGUGACAUGGAAACCAGUAACAGACCAAGCCGGAGCGAUGCUCAUUUGUCCAAGGAGGAAGAGGCAAAGAUAGAGGGGGAAACCAGGGACUACUUUGAUGGGUUAGCACCGAGACGCCACACUAAGCCACAACGCAGCGAGUAUGCUGCCCAAUACAUUGAUGCUUUGCCCAGUGAUGGUGUUAGUCACGAGUACGCUGAGUUUCAACAACUUGAACAAAACUCCCAGAAACUGGUUUACGCAGGUAACGAAGUGAGUGAUGAGUUUACUGAGACAGAAUAUUACAAGGAUCUUAAUGGUGUCGAUAAGCAACAUCACACGACGGGAACAGGGUUCAUCAAUGUAGAUAAUACAAAGGGGUCUGCUUUCAACUUAAGCCCUGAAUCUGAAAGUGCCCAUCAUGCUUCCUGCAAGGGGAACCCAGCUACCAACGAGUGGACUCCAGCACCUGCUGAUACGGCAUCUUCUGUCUCCAACAAACCUCACAGGAGUGAAAAUUGAAAUGGACUUAUUGCUGCAAAUGUCAUGAACCAGCAACUGCACUCAAACAAGAUUUUGUGACUUCAUUCCAAAUUGAAGUUCCUGUGUAUUUCUGUUCUGAGGAGCAUUUAUGCAACGUAAACUAAGAUGCGUUAUGCUACUGAAUAAUACCUUUGAUGAUGUCGUUCGAUUUGCUUUGAACUUUUAAGUUGCUACACUAAA